UUAUACAACUAAGAUUAAAUGGAAAAUAUAUUUUUGAACGAUUACUGAAACAUCACCCUAUCAACAGCUGAUUUUGUUGACACUGACAAUAUUAAACUAUUGACAUCCAUCAUACAUGUUUGUUACAUGACAACCUUGUGAUUUUUCCCGAAAAUACAAUGACGGAUAAUGAACAACGCAAAUUCUAAUUAUAUUAUAAAAUAAAUAACACUUUUACUACCGCCCAUUUACGAAAAAUGUCCGCUAGCAAAUUAGAUGCAGUUUAUCGUAGUAUACUCCUUACAAAGUUUUUCACUAAAGGGUGGGGAAAACCGGAAAACUUGCGCAGGUUAUUUGAAUUCAGAAAAGUUGUGUCUAAUCGAGAUGAAUGUUUUAAAUUGGUGGAAAGGGAUUAUCCUGUUACCAUCACAAAGGAUCAGAAUUUGUCAGACUGCCGGCUACUGGAGGGCUAUUUCGUAACGCCACUGGAGAAGCAUUUGCCUGGCAUUGUGCCAGAAAUAGCACAAAAAGCACAUUUCCAGAUGUUACUUCCCAUUCAAUGGCCCGAACCAACAUGCAAACCUGUUUGUUUACAUCUUGCUGGGACUGGAGACCAUUAUUUCUGGAGAAGAAGAAAUUUGAUGGUUAAGCCUUUACUAAAAGAAGCCGGCAUUGGUGGGAUAAUCCUUGAAAAUCCAUUCUAUGGUCUACGCAAACCUACAGAUCAAGUGCGUUCCUCGUUACACAAUGUGUCGGACAUAUUCGUAAUGGGCGGCUGUUUGAUACUAGAGUCUUUGGUAUUGUUUCACUGGUGUGAGCGAAACGGGCUCGGACCUCUCGGGGUUACCGGCCUGUCUAUGGGUGGUCAUAUGGCGUCUCUAGCCGCCACAAAUUGGCCUAAACCUUUGGUAUUAGUUCCUUGCCUUUCGUGGUCAACCGCAUCGGCUGUAUUCCUUCAGGGCGUUAUGUCGCAUUCAAUAAACUGGGAUUUAUUAGAAGAUCAAUAUUUAUCAGAUGGCAAUUAUAGGGAGAAACUUUCCAAAAUGGUAACAAUAGUGGAUGAAGCAUUCCUUGCAGGGAAGAAGUUUGCUCAAACUUACUCGCAGAAUAUGGAUAAUUUGCUGCAAAGAAAUUCCCCUGAUAUGAUUAAGCAAGUUACAAUAGAUCCAGCCUAUCCUAAUUUAGAUAUUACGUAUAAAGAAAACAGUGCUGUCAGCAAUAAAUUUGGAGAAUUAGAUGACUCAAAAAAUAAAGGCAAAAGAAAAGAAACAAAAGUAGAUGAAUUAGUGAAAUCAUUUGCUCAAAAGGAAAACUUGAAUGAAGAAUUAAAGGUUUUAUUAGAUGAACAGAAAAUUAGCCAAAGUUUGUACAAUAAGUUGACAUCGAAUAAGAAAUUCGAACUGGAUUCUCAGGAUAUAGAUAUAAUAAAUAAAUUGACUGAAAAUAGGAUAAAGGAGGCACUGCUCAAAUGUAAUACGAAUAUCGAUACGAAAAUAGAAUCGUCAGUAGAACAACCCAGUACUCAAGAAAAAUAUACACCACAUGCAGAUUUAUCGAGUACGAAUCAAGAAGCAAUGACAAAUGCUGUAACAACCUCUGAGAGUAUAACAACUGAUAGUUUGAAAAAAACUGACAGUACCAUAACAGAAUCAAAUGAAAAUAAAGAAAUCGUAGAAGUUAAAUCAAAGCCAGAAAGGAAAUCAUGGAAUGUGUCAGACCUUACAUCAGAUCUGUGGGUAAAUUUGCCAUUCAUGAAAUCGAGCGGGAAGAAGAUAGACAUAGGCAAGAUCCACUGGAGGGACAGAGAGGCGCUACAGUUCAUGAGGGGCAUUAUGGAUGAAUGCACGCAUUUGAGUAAUUUCUCGGUUCCGUACGACACGUCUUUAAUUAUAGCCGUGUGCGCUAAACACGACGCGUACGUACCGCGCGAAGACGUCGGCGCGUUGGAGGAGAUCUGGCCCGGCGCGGAAGUGCGCUAUGUCGACGCGGGACAUGUGUCCGCGUAUAUAUUGCACCAGUCACUCUUUAGGGCUUGCAUUAAAGAAGCGUUCGAGCGGUCGAAGAAGAGAUGGCAAGACGGGAAACACAUUGAAUGAUAACAUAUCUCUACUUGGAAUUAGGCGAAAUUAUUGUCAAUCGAUAGAUACUAAAUUCCAACAAAAUUUUUGUAUGAGCUUAAAUAGGUAGUGAGAUUUUUGUGAUAAAUUGUUAACAAUAAAAAGUUGGUAGCUAGUGUCAUAUAUUUAGGACAAGCUAUCUGGCUUUAGCACUAUCUUCGCAAAGCAAUAAAUAGCUCAUCGUAAUAUUAUUGUUAUGAAAUAUAUCAGUAAAAGGUUAAAUAACAUGUUGUGCAUAUUUAUUAUCAUUAGUACUCUUUUCCAAAUAAUAUAGUUAGAUUUAGGUUCAAGUUUUUGAAUGGAUAGCAUAGCUGAUUUGAUUAAUUCGUUGUGUAAUUAGAUCUAGUCUUGUUGUAGUGCGUAACAUGAAAUGUCCCGAAACAUAAUUAGAUCGGUGUUAAUAUUGGCCUAAAUUUUAUUCACGUUUAUGAGUACAAAGCUCUUAGUUGAUUGUUGAGAAUUAAUUUUAUCUAUAUAUAGAGCAAAACCGUUGUGUUUUAUUAUACACUUUUCAUAUUAUGUAUAUUAUAUAAGAUAUUGAUCUCUUUUGAGAUUAAAUAGAUAGUGUAAAUUGUAUUUUUAUACAUGUAUAAAUAUACAUUUUAUUUUCAAAA